AUGGAUCUAAAUUUGAUACUAAACACUACUCAAACAAAUAUAUUUUCUAUUUCACUGUCAGAUAAUGAAAUCACCCAAGAUAAUCCUACUGUCUUGCAGUAUGUUUUACCUCAGGAAUAUGAUUAUAUCAUCGAUUCAUUUAGGGUAGUUCAAGUGCAUAACUUCUUGGGUGCAUAUACAGAACUAUUCGAAGCAAAGUUCUGUGUGAAUAUUUUUACUGAAGACAAUGCUAAAAUGUGGCUUGAUAA